AAGCUCAUGGCCACUUCCCAGCUGCGCCUCCAGCGGCAAUCCGCUCCGCCCCUGCUUCGCCUCCUGCUUCCCUCCCCCCUGCUUCUGCUGCUGCUCUGCACUCUGCUCGUGCCUCCCCUCGGGGUGGGCGCUGGCCAGCUCUUGGACGCCUCAUCAGUGGGUGCGCUGCAGGCUUUCAAGUCAGCCCUUGGUGUGACCUAUAGCGACUGGAACGCAGACCUUGACUGCUGCUUUGCCACGUGCGGCCCCACUGAUGGGUGGACCAACGUGUUCUGCGACGGCGAUGGCCAGGUUACUGACAUCACGUUUCAAGGUGGCUCCCCACUCAGCCCUGGCCCUCUGCCCCUCCAACUCUCCAGCCUCACUGCCCUCACGUACAUCAUGCUCCGUCAACUGCGUAUCCAUGCAGAGCUCAAGGCCUUUACCCAGCACCUGUCUGCCGUCUCCGGCCUGCAGCGCUUUGACAUGGCUUACAAUUUCCUCUACGGCUCCAUCCCUGCUGCGCUUGUCACCAUGCCCGCGCUCACAAUCCUGGCACUGCCUGUCAACUACCUAACCGGCUCCAUCCCACAGCUGGGCUCUCAGCUGGUGGAGCUCAUCCUCGCCUCCAACUACCUCUCAUCGUCCUUCCCCAACCCCUCCACCCCUCUCGCCUCCUGCUCCGCUUAUUCCACCUGCCUAACGGAUUUCACUGGGUGUCCGGGCUCUGUGAGGACAAGUGGAGUCUGUGGGACCAUCUGUGGGGGGGGGUGUGGUGAGGGGGAGGCGUGUGCGCCUCUGGUGGAGGAAGGGACUAUGCCGGGGAAUACUAUCCCCAUGGAGUGCGCUGUGUCCAUCGAUUCUGUCCCACCAAGAUUGAUGCACACCAGUGCAGCCGCGGCGAUGCUGCUGCUGAGGAGGUCUCUGGGAGUGACGUUCACCGACUGGACCGCUACCUCCCUUUGCCUUGUCUCCGGAGGCUCCAUGCUCACCCCCCACGGCUGGACUGGCGUGCGUUGCGACUCCCAAGGCCACCCCAUCGCCAUCGACAUCACGGCCACGACGGGUCAGUUUCUCCUCCCAGCCCCGUCGUUCCCUUCUGUCGUCUCAACCCUCCAGGCGCUCUCAAGCAUUGCUCUCCCAGGGAACGGCAUCUAUACCGAGUUCAAGGCGUUCGCGUGGCAUCUGUCUCGCCUCACGUCCCUCAAGCACCUCGACCUCAGCAGCAACGUUCUCUAUGGCCCGAUCCAUUCCUCUCUGCUCACCAUUCCGACGCUCACGUCGCUGACCCUCUCUGACAACUACCUGAGUGGCUGCAUCCCUGCACUUGGCUCUCAGCUGCUCUCCCUCUCCCUCUCCUCCAACUACCUCUCCUCCUCCUUCCCCAUGCCCCCCACUCCUCUCCCCGCCUGCUCCGCCCACACCAACUGCCUCACCGACGUCUCUGCCUGUAACACUUCCGAGGCUGGUGCUGGUAACCAGCGCAGCGCCUCUGAGUGCGCCAUCUGCGGAGGAGGGUGUGCGGAGGGGGUGGUCUGUGCUCCGAAUCUUAUGGUUCUGAGGAGGGCUCAGUCAAUGCAGUCAACUCAGUCAACGCAGUCAGCAAUGGCAGCUGCGGCAACCUUGUCGUAUCCCAUGUCCUGCUUUAGGUCGAGGGAUUCUUUUCUGCCAGUAGCCAUGGCUCCCGAUGCUGUAGCUGCCAUGCUGGCACUCAAGACAGGCCUCCACGUGCCGUUCACCGAUUGGGUCCAGGGCGCCCUGUGCAGCGUGGAGUGGGGGGCGGACUCGACCACUCACGGGUGGACAGCUGUCACGUGCAAUGGGGAGGGGCACCCGACUGCCAUAGCUAUCGACCUUCAGGAGCUUUCUGGGAGCUUUCCAAGUGAAAUGUCUGCUCUGACCGCCCUCACUCACAUCUCUCUCAUCAAUGAUCGCAUCGUGGCUGAGAUCGGCGCCCUGGCACAGAAUCUGCCGUCCAUUACCAACCUGCAGUACCUUGACAUGGCUUACAAUUUCCUCUACGGCUUCAUCCCUGAGACCCUCCUCACUUUGCCCGCCCUCACAUUCCUGUCCCUGUCUGUCAACUACCUGAGUGGCUCCAUUCCGCAGCCGGGCUCUCAGCUGCUCGAACUCGCACUCUCCUCCAACUACCUCUCCUCCUCCUUCCCCUCCUCCCCCACCCCUAUCCCCACCUGCACUGCCUUUUCCACCUGCCUAACGGAUUUCACUGGGUGUCCGGGCUCUUUGAGGACAAGUGGGGACUGUGGGACCAUCUGUGGGGGGGGGUGUGGUGAGGGGGAGGCGUGUGCGCCUCUGGUGGAGGAAGGGAUUGAGCCGGGGAGUAUUAUCCCCAUGGGGUGCGCUGUGUCUAUCGAGUCUGUCCCACCAAGAUUGAUGCACACAAGUGCAGCCACGGCGAUGCUGCUGCUGAAGAGGUCUCUGGGAGUGACCUUCACAGAUUGGACCACUGCCUCCCUUUGCCUUACUCCCGGAGGCUCCAUGCUCACCCCCCAUGGCUGGACUGGGGUGCUGUGCGAUUCCCAAGGCCACCCCAUCGCCAUCAACAUCACGGACGCGACGGGUCAGUUUCGCCUCCCAGCCCCGUCGUUCCUUCUGUCGUCUCAACCCUCCAGGCGCUCUCAAGCAUUGCUCUCCCUGGAAACAGCAUCUAUACCGAGUUCAAGCCGUUUGCGUGGCACCUGUCUCGCCUCUCGUCCCUCAAGCACCUCGACCUCAGCAGCAACCUUCUCUACGGCCCGAUCCAUUCCUCUCUGGUGACCAUUGCGACGCUAACAUCGCUGACCCUCUCCGGCAACUACCUGAGUGGCUCCAUCCCUGCACUGGGCUCUCAGCUGCUCUCCCUCUCCCUCGCCUCCAACUUCCUCUCCUCGUCCUUCCCCACACUCCCCACUCCUCUCCCCGCCUGCUCCGCCCACACCAACUGCCUCACCGACGUCUCUGCCUGUAACACUUCCGAGGCUGGUGCUGGUAACCAGCGCAGCGGCUCUGAGUGCGCCAUCUGCGGAGGAGGGUGUGCGGAGGGGAAGGUCUGUGCUCCGAAUCUUAUGGUUUGGAGGAGGGCUAAGUCAAUGCAGUCAACUCAGUCAACGCUCGCAGUGGCAGCUGUGGCAACCUUGUCGUAUCCCAUGUCCUGCUUUACAUCCAGGGAUUCUUUUCUGCCAGUAGCCAUGGCUCCCGCUGCUGCAGCUGCCAUGCUGGCACUCAAGACAAGCCUCCACGUGCCGUUCACCGAUUGGCUAGAGGGCGCCCUGUGCAGCGUGGAGUGGGGGACGGACUCGACCACUCACGGGUGGACAGCUGUCACGUGCAAUGGGGACGGGCACCCGACUGCAAUAGCUAUCAACCUUCAGGAGCUUUCUGGGAGCUUUCCAAGACAAGUGUCAGCUCUGACCGCCCUCACUCACAUCUCUCUCAUCAAUGAUCGCAUCGUGGCUGAGAUGGGGGUUCUGGCAGCGAAUCUGCCGUCCAUUCCCAACCUGCAGUACCUCGAACUUAGUUACAACUUUAUUUAUGGCACCCUUCCCACCGCCAUACUCGCCAAAGACACCCUCACUUCCAUCUCCCUCGCUUCCAACUAUCUCUCCGGUUCGAUCCCAGCCGUCGGAUCGCAGAUCUCCGAGCUGCACCUGCCCCACAACUACCUUACAGGCACCUUCCCCAGUUCAGGUGCCACCUUCGCCAGCUGUACCUGCGCCGAUAACUGCCUGCAGAGCGCGGUGAACUGCAAUGCUGGGGAUGAAGCGCUGCAGAGGGAGUCAGGGUGUGACAUCUGCAGCCAUGCCAUUGGGACUGUCCAGCCGUGCGGUGCGAAUCGGGUGUGUGCGCCAGAGGUCUCUCCUGCUGCUGAACCGGCCUCCCUGCUGCCCAUGACGUGCCAUGCCUCUGGGGGGAAGAAGAGCAAGCGCGCGUGCAAGAAGAAGCGCUCUGUCUGCCACCCCUUGCAGUGCGGCGCCGGCUAUUUCUGCGUGCCCUUCGUGCGUAGCUGCAAGGGUUACAAGUGCGUCAAGUUAUGGCGAUAACUGGGUUUCAGCGCCGUAAAACACCGUGUAACCAGAUUGGAAGGUCGUUUGGUGGAGAUUGAGGGAGCCUCCAAGCUCCAUGCUGUUCGGCAUGUACAGAGCUACAAGGGUUGUUUCAAGUGUGUUGUGUCGAGUCGAACAUGGGGUGUAAUCGGGUUACCAGAUCACAUGGAGCAGCGCUGCAAGCAUGCGUUGUGGCGACUGUGUAAAAAUAGCAGCAUGCAGCAGGGUAGAGUAGGGUAGGGUGGGAUAGGAUAGGGUAGGGUAGGGUUGGGGGUAGGUUUGGGUAGGUUUGGGUAGGUUUGGGUAGGGUAGGGUUGGGUAGGGUAUUUCUUUGAGUGCUCGUUGUCUGCAAGUGGCGGGGUCAGGGCCAGGGCCGGGGCCGGGAGCUCUCUAUAGUCUGUAAGUGGAGUGUGUCUGCAUCAGGGUGGGGUGGAGUGGAGACUCUCUCACUGGAGAUAGGGCAGGAAGGGCAGAUGCCAGGUGUGGGAAGGGAGGUUGUUGUGGCGUGGUGUACUUGUGUCUGUAUGGUGGGUUGGUAAUAAAUGGAUGUUACUGUAGUUGAGAUAUAUCAAAGC